GAGUGAGGUAAGAGGAGUGUGGAGCUGUCAGAGUGGUGUUGUGGCAGCCAGACGAGAUCAACCCAGACCAUUGUGUGCUGUCCUAUCUCUCAUGACCACCCCCCAACACCACGCCAGGGCGCCACACAGGAAUAUGAUGUUUCAUCGGCCUUGAGACAGGCACUACAGUACACACAGGAAAGACUUACACAACCCUUCAAGAUGCGUUUGCGGGUGUCAUCAAUGGUCUUUGGGGGAGCCGUGAGCAUGGCUACACUGGUGUUGUUGUACCAGGUGCUCAGUCUGCCUCCAGACACCCGUCCACCAGGUGAACAGAAGGAAAUAGUGUCGUUGGAGUCUCGUUUACGAAGACUAGAGUCAGACCUCCAGGCCAAUCAACUCACUAUCACUGAGAUCAAGAACCUGGUCCGUCAGCUGGCGGGCUCCAACUCCAGGGCCAACUCUUUGCUAGGCCCCCAGUAUGGUGUGCUGGUAGCCAGCAAGUUUGUCAGGAAUGGCAUAAAUGCAAUUAAAGCUGCAGAAAAGCCUAACUCACCCCUAAAGAAGGUCAUCCCUCCCGUGCACUACAACCUCACCCACGCUGCCAUCAUGCAGGAUGACUGCAUCUUUGCUCAGGCAGCUCCAGCUCAGGCUGAUAUACAGAUGGAAAAAGUUUACAAUUUUCUAAAAUUCGACAAUCCUGAUGGUGGUGUGUGGAAGCAAGGGUGGGACAUUCAGUACGAGGCUGCCCAGUGGUCAUCUGCGAAGAAACUAAAAGUAUUUGUUGUCCCACACUCGCACAACGACCCAGGCUGGUUGAAGACGUUUGACCAGUACUUCACCGACCAGACCCGUCACAUCCUGGACCACAUGGUAGAGAAACUGUCAGUAGACCCGCGGCGAAAAUUUAUCUGGGCUGAGAUAUCAUUCUUCUCAAUGUGGUGGGACCAGCAGUCUGAGAGCAUCAGAGACACAGUGCGGAGACUUGUCGACCGAGGUCAAUUGGAGAUCGUGACCGGUGGCUGGGUCAUGAAUGAUGAGGCCAACACACACUACUUUGCCAUGCUCGAACAGAUGGUUGAAGGACAUGAAUGGCUCAAGCUCAAUCUAGGAGUUAAGCCCAACAAUGGAUGGGCAAUUGAUCCAUUUGGGAUGACUGCCACCAUGCCAUACCUGCUGAAGCGUAUGGGCUUGGAGAACAUGUUGAUCCAGCGCGUCCACUACUCUGUCAAGAAGCAGCUAGCGAAGGAGAAGAGUUUAGAGUUCAAGUGGAGACAGGUUUGGGAUUCCGGGUCAACGGCAGAAAUGUUUUGCCACUUGAUGCCAUUUUAUAGCUAUGAUAUACCUCAUACUUGUGGCCCCGAUCCCAAAGUUUGUUGCCAGUUUGACUUCCGACGUCUCCCAGGGUCGGGCGUCACCUGUCCCUGGAAAAUACCGCCCCAGCCCAUCACCGAUCACAACGUUGAAUCCAGAUCCCAACUUAUCCUGGAUCAGUACCGCAAGAAGUCUCAGCUGUACCGUACCAACGUGGUGUUGGUGCCUCUGGGCGAUGACUUCCGGUACGUGCGACCAGAGGAGUGGGACAGCCAGUUCAUCAACUACCAGAAGAUCUUCGACUACCUCAACUCACACGAGGAGAUGCACGUAGAGGCCCAGUUCGGCACAUUAGCGGACUACUUCCGUGCCGUCCAUGAGGAGAGCGACGGUCCAGGCGGGGAGGAGCAGGAGAUCUUCCCCUCUCUGACUGGGGACUUCUUCACGUACGCCGACCGUGACGACCACUACUGGAGCGGCUACUACACCUCCAGGCCGUUCCACAAGAGUUUAGAUAGAGCACUGGAAGGAUAUCUCAGAGGAGCAGAAAUCUUGUUCUCGGUGAUGCUGGGCACUCAAAGCAUGACGGGCAAACCCUUAAUUGAAUUGGCCGACUCAUUGAUGGCUCGCCUGGUCUUGGCACGAAGGAACCUGGCUCUAUUCCAGCACCACGAUGGCAUCACCGGGACAGCGCGGGAACAUGUUGUUGUGGAUUAUGCCAACAGGUUGAUGAGUAGUGUCAACGACUGCCAACACAUCAUACAACAAGCUGCCAACUACCUGCUUGCUAUUGAUCAGCACAGUUAUAAAAGUGAUCCCGGAGCCGUGUACUUCGAGCUCGGAGAGAAGUACACAGAGCACAACCAGAUCGCUUCGAAGUUGAUCCUCGCCUUGCAGAGUGGCUCCGCGAUACCGAUCUUCAUAUAUAACCCGGACGCCCACCACCGCUUUGAGCUGUUCACGAUCCGAACCUCGAGUCCUUAUGUGGAGAUUGUAGGAAAGAAAGAUAAGAUUAUACCCUGUCAAGUGGACCCGGUGUUCAUUCAGUCGUCGGAAGCCUCGCCCACGAUGUUCGACGUCACAUUCCAGGUUGACGCUCUCUCUCUCUCCCUCACCAAGUACACCAUAAAAGCGGUGGAGCCCGACAGUGUUAACUCAGAGCUGGUGAGUUAUGCGAAGGUGAUUGUGCGAGGUAUGGCCAUCCCUUCUGUACCCAGCGUCUUCACCGUCACCGAGGAGAACAGUAAAGAUCCCUUCACGCUGCACAACGAGCAGAUACAAGCCACCUUCACCAGUAACGGCCUCCUGCAGUCCAUAACAACCCAGGGACACACGGUUCUGGUCUCUCUCGAGUUUGUCAAAUACGGAGUCAAGAACCACCAUGAGACUGCAGGAGCGUACUUGUUCCUGCCCGACAAGGAGGCAGUGCCAGUGCCGAUGGGUCAGCCUCCAGUGGUGCUCAUGCAAGGCUCCAUCAUGUCCACCCUGUCGACACAACUCAAGGAUAUCCUCCACACUGUCAAGAUCAAGAACUCUCCAGGUGUGGAUGGUAUGGGGAUAGACAUCACCAACUUAGUCGACAUCAGAUUGGAACGCAAUUUUGAGUUUGUCAUGAGAUUCAACACAGGAAUCAACAAUGAAGAUGUUUUCUACACUGAUCUGAAUGGCUUCCAGAUCAGCAAGCGAAUGAGGUACAGUAAGCUACCCCUCCAGGCCAACUAUUACCCCAUACCAUCACAGGCAUUCAUUCAGGACAAAGAGCAUCGCCUGUCUCUACUCUCAGCCCAGCCUCUUGGUGGUUCUUCCCUCAAGAACGGUCAGCUGGAGGUGAUGAUGGACCGGCGUCUCAUGCAGGAUGACAACCGGGGACUUGGUCAGGGUUUACAAGACAACGUGCUCACUUCCUGUGUCUUCCGUCUGUUGUUGGAACCUCGCAUUAGCACUAAGGAAUCCACCACUGGCUCCAGCCGUGAGGAUUUGAUGGCCUUCCCGUCGCUCCUGGCUCACGCGGGGCUCCACAGCCUACUCUACCCAAUGUACGCACUCCUCCCGACAGCCAAGGUUGGUGCAACACAACACAGAUGGGACAUUGGUGGGGAAUUGCCCUGUGACGUACACAUGGUGAACCUACGCACCAUGCUGGACCCACCACGGGCUACGAUAGGCCGCACUUCCCACCUGACGCAACACCCCCCGGGAUCAAUAACAUCGCUCACGCUGCACCGACUUGGCUUUGACUGCGGUUUCAAGUCACCCGGUUUGGUCUGUUCAACUAAUGGAGGGAAGGUACGUUUGACGGAGUUGUUCCCCAGCAUGUUUAACGAGCAGGUGCACCAAAUGUCCCUCUCGAUGCUGUACGAGGGCGUGGACAUGACCAAGUCCUACACGCUAUCUCUACAACCCAUGGAGCUAUACACAUUCAGACUGUCCCGCAGUUAGCCGUCGCUCGCGUUGUGAUCUCCGUUGUUUGUGUGUGUGUGUGUGUCGUGUCUUGUCUUCUGUUGUGACCUUUUUGUUGAUUUAUUUUUUUAUUUUUCGUGAAAUAGUUUGUUGAUAUCUGUAUUAUACUUUUAUAUGCUGUAUAACAUUUAGGUCAGACACAAAAAAAUAUUGUGGUUCAGGCGACUUGACUCCAGGAAUUUUCAGUCAGUUAGGUUACGAUUUUUUUUAUUUAUUUAAUGUUGUUAUGUUGGAGGCACUGCAGCAAACUUAUUAUGUUUGGUAUGUUUCUAAGCAGAGGUACACCACAGUCUGCAGCAGUCUUUUCAGAUCACAAUAUAGAUAUUUUAUUGGUUCAGUGACAUAGUACAAUACUGUAAUGGCAUCCAAUUUUAUAUUAAAUCUUAUCAUCAUCAUCAUCAUCAUCAGCAGCAGCAUUAUCAUCAUUAAUAUCAUUCUUAAUGUGGUCUCUUUGUUGAAGUCCGUCAUAAACAGACAAUAAAAGUCAGAACAUGAAAGGUUUAUAUUGAAGCAGCUUUUCUUCCUCAGAGCAUAUUUCUUUUAUUUUCUUUGAUAAAAUAAAGAAUGAAAAAAUACAAAGAUUAUUCUACAGUACAUGUUGAGAUAUUCACAUAGGUUCUACCCUUUUGUGUAAGGUACCAGUUUAGUAUGACAUUCCUCAUUACUAUUGGGUUAGAAUCAUGAAUGCUUUGCGAGAGUUUUCUUUUGUUUACACAUCUGGAACGUCCUAAUGUAUACAGUUAUUUUUCCUCCUGCAAUAUCAUUCGUUCUUUGCCUGUUUACACCUUCAGCAUCCCAGAGAAACUAAACAAACUAUUAAACUGUGUCUAACUGUAGUAGAAAUAGAUCACAAAGCAACAAUUACUUGAGUAUGUCAGCGCUCAGUGAUUCGUUCCUGCUAAACUCAGUCAUUGUUUGGUGUUGAUUUAGUUUAGUUUGCUGGAGGGGUGAAGACCUGUAGGCAGUGGUAAAGUACAGGGGAAUAUCACAGAGGGUGGGUAAUUGUAAGUAUCAGGAGGUUCCAGAAUUUUAAAUUAUAAAUAAGAAUACACUUACAGUAUAGUAAAUAAAUCAUGGUUCUAUACCAGUGUUUAAGGUGGCUAUAUAGUUCUAAACUGGUACAUGACCCUGUUCUCUGAACCAAGACAAAUAUGUAGAAUAUGUCACUAAACUACUUAUUUAAAUGACAGAUUUUAAUACAGUACUACAUUAUUACAAACAGGAAUUUAAGGCAUCCAGUACAUGUAUUUUAUGUUAUUUACUCUCUUCUUUACAGCCAAUGGUUUGAUUAAUUGUACUUGAUGUGGGUUGAUAACCAAGUUACAGUAGCAUAAUGGCUGCUGUACCUGAAGUGAUAUAGAACUGUAGCAGACAAGGAAAACAUUGCAUUUAGGGUUAAAAACUUUUGAUAACAGUGUUCCACAACAGAGUACAGUAGAUAUGGUACUGUAUUGGUUAUGCACAAUGCCUGAACAUCCCCUGGGCUACCCACUUGUAAUUUUGGUGUCCUUAUUUUCCCUGAUUCUUUCCUUCAACCUUAAGCAUAACUACACUUGUUAACACUACACUAUUUAGGGUAUUGAGUCACCCGAAGCGCAAUUUUUUUUUUACUUGACCUUAUAAAAAUUUGUUUAAGAAAUUAUAGAUUUUGCUAAAGAAUAUUAUCACUUUUUAUAAAUUUUCUUAUAUAAUUUCCAUAAUUAAAUUAAUGUAUAAUUGAAAAUUAAUGUUUAGAGGUUUGAGUGUUGGUGAAGCUGUAAUGAUUAAUUAGUUUUUGCACUGUUAUGAUUCAUGUUAGCAAGGAACUGCAAGCUGUGUGUGUAUGCGUGUCUGUGUGUUCAGCUUCCCAGUUGGUCGCUACAGUAUAUAUUGUAGACUAAUGACCAAAACCAAUUGUGACUUUGAAGAUCAUAAAAGAAAUUUGAAUUUAUUUUAGCAUUUUGUUGUUUUGUACAGAACUUUUUUAUUAUUAUUAUUAUUCAGUUACUUAAAAAGAAAAUGUAAGUCUGAAUAUUUACUGUACCUUUGUGUAUCUUGAUGGACCAGGUUAUUUGUAUUAAUAAUUUUGGUUGAAAAAUACAACUUGUACUGAAAUGAAACAAGAGAUGUUAACGUAGGUAUAGUAUUUAUUGAUCUAGGAAUGACAUGUGAUAGAGCGUCAAUCAGGAUGACUUAUGGAAUGUAAGGAAAUAAAGUGGUGAUACUCUGGACUAUUGACUGAAAGAGAUAAUUUCCUGACCCACAGCAUCAGUGUCAGGUAAGGUUUGCCACUCCUGUACAUUGUAUCAGGACUCUGGAGUAUAAGCUACCGUGUGCUCAUGUUUUUUGGUACUACAUACGUCAAGGCUGGUGAUUAAGCUGACCCUUCAUUUUGUAAGGUGUCUUGUCAAGCCUCUGGUCCUUUCAUAUAGCAGGUGCCACCCCACAGAACUAAAUAAGACAGUAUAUUGGAAAAUGUUUUAGUGUAAUAAAUUAUAGAAAAUAUGAUCUGUGCUUGAGAGAAAAUGGAAGUGCAUAAUUUAAUGAAAGUGUGGAGACUGGCCUAAGGGUUAAAGUUAUCAAUUUGACUAGAAGGUGUUGUACUGUCUUGUUGGGGUGGUGCAUAAGGCUAAAUGAAUCCACUGAACUGACCCACAAUUAAAGGAAUGCUUAUUAGGGCUGGGAUUCAGGGAUUUUUUCUCCCUGAAUUUUACACUGCUUAAAGGUGGAAUUACCAAAGGAAGUUUAGAGUGUGCGACAAUAAAGAAAAUUGAAUAGAAAUUAAGUUAUUUGAUUUUAUGGGCAGGGUGUGGGUAUAGAUAGUAUAUUAAAUAUUGUUGUUGGGCACGUCUUAGAGAUGUUAUGAGGGAAAAUAUUUGUUUAGUAAUGUACACAAGAAUGAGGAACUAGAUGUGUAAGGUGACAAUAUAUUAAGAGAUUUGUGAAGAGCAGGUUAAAAAGUGACUCUUUAAAUACCUUAGAAAUGUAAUGACUUCAGUUGUCUACUUAAAUGAUCUGUACAUCAGAGGGUUACAUUGUUUCAACUUACCUACAACCAAAGUUAUCACUUAUGUAGUCUGUAAGCCUCAUAUGCCCUAUUUAUACCAGGGUACUUUAUAUAUCUUGUGUUUUAAUCCUACCAAAUAUAAAUAAUGUCCUCAUAUCAGUUUAACUAGUUUAUAAAUGACUAUAUUAAUGGAUAUUCAGAGAAAUAUAAUGAGAGCAUCACAAAACAAUGCUGAAUGGCCUGGAUGAUGCUGUGCUGAGCAAUAGUACAAUUGCAGGUAUUAAUGACUUGUUUUUUCAAUAAUGCAUUUAUGACAUAAUUAAUGUAAGGGUAUUACAUUGUGGAAGAGGGUGUGGCAUCUUGGUAAGGCUAGAAAUGGUGAUGUGGGUGGUGUCCUGUCAGGCCUGGGGACAGUGUUCUGGACUCAAGUUGUGUGCUGGUCGCUCCAAUUACUUUUAAGUCCUGUUGUAUCGGUUACUGGGUCCUUGUCGACUCAUGGCAUCGGUUUUAUACUUCCUCCCAGCGUCACUUACCGAGUCUCUCUCUCGUAUAAAAGCAUGUACAGUACCUAAGAUUCCUGGUAUAUAUUCUGGUUUUCCAAAUGAUGCCUCUGAAUUAUAGUAGAAGGUAAUGACAAACAGACAGUCAGUCGAGUUUACUUGGAAUCUCGAGGAGUGACCAGCCACAUGCUCCUGAUAACUUACACACAUAUAUGCACACACACACACAGACCCCGCCAUGCUCAUUAUAACCUUACACACACACACACACACACACACCCCCCCACACCAACCAACCAUACACACAGUCAACCACCCACCCAUGUGUGACAAUGUUUUACAGCUGUAAGGUUAACAUGUUCCUAUACGAAUACGGCAUGCUAGUCUUGGCUUGACUAAUGAAACCAUAACGUGACCUAUAGCAAUGUACAGUACAUGCAUACAGUCAAGGACAAAAUUCCAUCGACGCUUGGCAGUAGCAGUACAGUAUAUGGUGACUACUUAUUGAUUCAUAUGUGUGAUUGGCGAGAGGAGCAACUUGAGAAAUAAAACGCAUUAUAUAAUCCAGAAAUAAAUCUGAAUACCACUAAACAGACAUUGAAAUACUAAUCUGUACUGCACCAAAUUUUGUCAAAAGUGUCCCAUCAAUUUUGUCAAGGACUUAACCAGAAAUUUUUUAAUAUGGUACAAGGAAAAGCUCCCCUCCUUCGACAUGUGUUACCCAGUAUACAGAUGAAAUACUUACAUAAUAUGGUAUCCAUUAUAUUUUAGGAUUAUAUUUUCCUAAGUACUGUAAUUUUAUUGUAUGUCCUUAAAAUACUGUAAACUUUAUUUUUUGUGCAUGUGUGAGUUUAGGAACUUUUAUAAAUUUUUUCUUAUUUUUUUAGGUAUUAAAAGUAUGUGAUGAUUUAUUACAAAAUUAUUAUUUUUUUUUAUAAUCUGGUAUUUAAAGUCAACUUUUACUUUUAUUUUGAAGGAUUUGUGGUUAAAAUUUACCUGGUAGUUUUCUUGUAUGGGGUUGGGUACUUAUUUCUUUUGUGUAGAUAUUGUAGUUGUUGGGGGAGGAGUUUAAAAAAAAAGCAUUACCAGUGUUGAUGGAUCUUUUGGUGAGCCUCGGGCAACACUAUUGAAACACCCCUGGCAACUGGCAACACUCAUGGUAACCUCAGGCAACACUCACACCUCGGGAUACACCCCUGGUAUCAAACUCAUGAUACACCUCAUGUAACACCUUUGGCAACACUCACAAUACACCUCGGGCAACACUCACAAUACACCUCGGGCAACACUUGAUGCACCUCCGGCAACACUUCUAAACUUCUCUGCUUUGUUGUGGGUAAUUUGUGCCACUUAACAGGCUGGUUUACUGACCACUUACAGGUGUACUGACCUCUUAGAGGGUUUGGGUUGGAUUUGUCACUCGGGGUACUGUAUGUAUGACCGAGUCUACAGUGUAUGUGGCACAAGAAACCAAUACACUGGAGGAGGUAUAGGCUAAUGUCUCAUCCUUGUAUCAUCCACAUAUUAAAGGAAAACGGUUUCUAUCACAACAAUACGAUGGAUGUACGGUUAUGUUACUUAUAUGAGGAACAUGACUCUCUCCUUGCACAGCUGAAGUAUUUAAGUGUGUAGUUUUUGUAAGUGUAGUACUGUAGAGAGCAGAAGAGGACGAGUUGUUUUUAAAGUCUUUGUAUUCGGGGUUUGACGGUCCAUUAGUUUUGGACAAAUUGAUCUUGAUAGUCUAUACUGUAUUUACUCAGUACUAGUACGUACUGUACUAUUUUAUUAACUGAAUUUUUUAUCAUUUCAUAGUUUUCCAGGUGUAUUGUUGUCAUUCUAUCCUAUAUUCAGGACUGCAAUGUGGGUAUUAGUCAAUAAUUUUGAUUUCAUGAUUGGUCCAUUUGUUCUGAUUAGCAACACUCUUCUUCUGGACUUGCAACAGUUCAUGUGUGAGGUAGAAGUUGUCACCUAGCACUGUGUACACUGUGUACACCAAGUGUAUCUACGAUUCUUGGCGUGACACGAGAGGGAAGACUUAAUUUAUUCCAGUGGAGAUCAGAGGACGUGUGAUUGUGUAGUGUGCUGCCGACAAGGUCAUUACAUUUCUGCUUCUGUGUCACUGUGAGAGUAGGAAGGUUAAGUGACCAGUUUGUAUUUGUUGUAACCAUUUGUUGUUCUGAGAAAUCUACAGUAAAUAGAAAAUGAAACAAAUGAAAUGAAAUAUAUAUAUAUAUAUAUAUGGAGAAAAAGAGAGAGUUGAAGGUUUGCAAGGAUGUUAGAAGUUUGGAUGAUGAUGUGGAGAUGUUAAGAGCAUAAGAAGUGAGAUGGUGGAUAUAUUCUUUAAUUUGUUUAACAUUGUACACAUCAGAUAUAUACCUUCCCAUAUUCAGAUUUGUGUUUGUGAGUUAAGACACUGCCACUAUAUAUAUACAGAAUAUACAAUUCAGUACAUAUAACACCUCAAGAUGUAAAGUGAAUCAAAAGAUCUGACUAGUGUUGUAAGGCCUUCUAUUUGUCUGGUGUAUGUAAUAACUGCUUUUAUUACUUGCUUAAUAUAACAUGAAUAAACAGAAUUUUACACAAGCUAAUAAAUAUGGUGGUGCAGUAGAAUAUGUGUGUGUGUGUGUGUGUGUGUGUGCCUGAUUGCAUCAAAAUGGACAUGUCAACAGGAAGAGAUAGGUUACCUGGGUGGUGUACAUGCAUAGAAUAUCAAAGUGAGGCUGUUAAGUUAAAAUCAAAGGUACACAAGAUGGGAGUUCGUGUGUGAGGAAGAUGUUGUAUGGGGGAAUUUGUGGAUACUCUUAGAGAUAGCGUCAUAUGGAGGAGGGUGUACGUGAGUCGUGUUUCAAAAGUUGUGUUAUUUAGAGGUUGAUGAAACACACUAACCCUCUGCUUCAUCAUGGGUUAGGAAAAUUUGUAUAUGGUGUUGAUAUUGAGGUCAGCAUUAUGGCGUACUGUACUGUACCAGGAAUCUUACUCGAAUCUACACAACCAACCAAGUUACUAUGAUAAUUAGUUUUUAAAAUGAGUGUUGAGUAUUGAUUAGCCAACUGUGGUUAUAAAAUUGUGCAGGGUCAUUUAUGUUCUUCACAAUGAUAUAUGAUAAGACUUUAUUCCUAUUGAUUUUUAGGUUCCUGUUUAUUGCACGUUCUAAGCUAUAGUAAUCAUUCAGGGUUCUCGAAUAUAAAAUUGACCCGGUACCUCUCUGGAAGGUCAUUUAGCAUCAGUAGGGUGUUGGUGUCGUAGUGCGUUGAAGUGCUGUACAUAAUUGUGCCCUCUUGGUGUGUUGUUAUACGGACGCCAAUCCUAACUCCAGGUGCUGGUUUGAUAUGUUGAAUUAAACUGUGAUUAUAUUCUUGUAUACAGUCAGAUUGUUGGUGGAUCAGUUCUUGUAGAUUUCACUGCAUUAAGACAUAAAAGAGGAAUGAUAAGUACAGCACGUGAAGUCAGGCAAGAAGUUGGCAUCAUAUAGGACUUGUCGUUUCUGAAAUGGUAUUCCUGAGUGUUCAUUUAGAGACUAAAUGAUGACAUGAAAUUCAAGUUACUGGUUAAUGAGAAAGAAUUUGUGUAAUAUGGAUAUGUGUAUGCAAAGUACUUCAGUGAUUACUAUGUGGAAUAUUAUUAUGAACCAUUUAUGCAUUUAUUUAGUGGUUUAACAGUAUUUUAAUGAUUCCACUCUUUUCAAAGUCUGGACAAAGCGAGAAGUUAAUGGCAAUUUAUUCUCAAGAGCAAAUUGUCUUGUGUGAUUAAGCAAUGCAAACAUAAUUAUAAUUUGUCAAUAGGUUUAUGAUCUUACAAAUAUGAUGUUUUUGUGUUUUUGGAUGAGGUAAACAAGAAUACAUAAACAUAGUCAAUCUACGAAUAUAUACUACUGUACUGUACUAAAUUUUGAUGAUGAUAAUACAGUACUGUAAUGUGAUUCUUAGGAAAAGCAUUUAUCAUAUUGGAGUAAUAUUAAUAGCUGUUAAUAAGACUUCAUUUAAAUUUUAAAUUCUAGAGGGAACUUAUAUUUUUGAAUGGUGUAGUGGUGUCAGCUCUCAGUUAGACAAAAGCUGUCACCUCUGGCCUGACAAGAAGUUGAUAAUUAUAGCCUGACUGAGAGUUGACAGUUGUGGCUUGACUGGGAAUGAACUGUUUUGGUUUGUCUGGGAGUUGAUAAUUCUGAUUUUAGAGAGAAUAAAUUUGCUGUAAAUUGGUAAGAGAUGGAAAAUGUUGUAUUGUACACUACUUACACAUAUGUAGUCCUCUAGUGUGGGAGGAGGAGUGAAGCAACUUGAUAAGGCUAUUUAUAUAUGUAAAGAAAUUAUUGUAUACUGGCUACAGAGGGUUCCAGUUCCAGGCAAUAUGUUGGCCCCUGCACAUAUGUAUGAAGUUAGAACACAAGAUUUUUAUAUAUGUUGGUGUUGUGGUGUGGGAGUAGCGGGGGGUCUAUAUGAUAACAGGUCCUUGGCUGCUGGUUGGGUCCUGUUGAGUGUAUGUCACGUUAAAAUCUGUACUUCACAGUUUGGUGUUAAUUCGCUGAUUUUGGUGUGUUGUACAAGGUAACUUAUAUUACGCUGGUAACUGUAGUAGAAAUGAUCUUGAACUGUUCUGAGAAGCAGUGCUUGGUUUUAAAUAAAAUAUAAAGCCUGCUCAUGGAUGUAAAAACACAGUAGUUUAAACAAUUUUCUAUGGAAUUAUGUAGAGAGAGUUAGCAUAUAUUGUGCCCUAUUCUCGGUGUUGUUAUAUCCAUGGUCAUGAUCUUUAACAUAAAAACCAUCAAAA